UGUUCAUGUCCUUGUGUCUUGCUCCUUCUUUUCCCCUCUGUUUUUCUAUGAUUCACCAGUUUUUCUCUGUUAGGCAGAGGUGAGGUUUGCCUUUACAUACAACAAACUAGCUACCUUCGUUGGAGAGCAGAGGACGCCUUCUUCUUUGUUUUUUUGUCUUUCAAUUAUAACUGAGUCUCAGAAAAUGGGAGAAAUAAAGAGAACUGAAACUGAUUCAGGAAGCAGAUCGUCAAUCUUAUCCAUUUUACAAGACGAUCAAGAAGGCUUUUCACCAACCUCAUCAAACGCACUGGUACUUGUCCAAAACGCACCAAUUAUCUCCUCCUACAAUGAGAGAAUCCGCCCCAUGCUUGAUGCCAUUGACAAGCUCCGGGACCUCAUGGUUAUGGAUGAAGGCAUCCAGCUGCCCACCAUUGUUGUUGUGGGAGACCAGUCAUCUGGCAAAUCCAGUGUUCUUGAGUCCCUCGCCGGCAUCAGCCUCCCGCGUGGACAAGGCAUCUGCACAAGGGUUCCUCUCGUAAUGAGGCUUCAGCACCACUCUGAUCCUGAACCAGAGCUUUCACUGCAGUACAAUGACAGAGUUGAGCACACUGACGAGGACAAUAUUUCUGAGGACAUUGUGAAUGCCACCAAUCUGAUUGCUGGGGACAGUAAAGGAAUUUCAGACACCCCAUUGACCUUGUUGGUGAAGAAGAAUGGUGUGCCUGAUUUGACCAUGGUUGACCUCCCUGGAAUCACUAGGGUUCCAGUUCGCGGCCAGCCUGAGAAUAUCUACGAUCAAAUCAAAGAUAUUAUCAUGAAGUAUAUAAAGCCCGAAGAGAGCAUCAUUUUGAAUGUGUUAUCUGCUUCUGCUGAUUUUAGCACAUGUGAGUCAAUUAGUAUGUCACGGAGUGUGGAUUCUAGGCACUUGUUUUGGCUGACAAGUAUCAAUGACAAGCUGAAUUCUUACCUUUCAGAGCUCAACAAAAUGCCUAAAAAGCUGUUAUCUGUUGCUGAGGCCAUGACUGCUGUUAUGCAGAUCAUUGGAACAUCCAAAGAAUCACUUAAGAAAAUUCUUGUGAGGGGAGAAUUUGAUGAGUUCCCGGAUGACAAACACAUGCAUUGCACGGCUAGGCUUGUUGAGAUGCUCAAUAAGUGCUCAGAUCAGCUUCACGAGUGCAAUGAGAGUGAAAACAAAAGUAAUUUCUUACUGGAGGAGAUUGCGAUUUUGGAGGAGGCCAAAGGUAUCAACCUUCCCAAUUUUGUUCCUCGCAAUGCUUUUCUUAUAGUUUUGCAGCGUAAAGUUAAGGGGAUUUCGAGCAUACCUAUUGAGUUUGUUGAGCAGGUUUGGAGUUAUAUUGAGGAUGUGGUUUUGUCUGUGUUAACGAGUAAUACAGAAAACUAUUACCAUGUUCAAUUGUCUGCCAGAAGAGCAGGCCAUAAUCUUAUUGAAAAGAAGAAAGAAAGAUCAAUUAAUUGGAUGACGGAGAUAGUGGAAAUGGAGAAAAUAACUGAUUAUACAUGUAAUCCGGAAUAUCUAUCCGAAUGGCAUAGGCUCAUGACUGAACAAGAAACAUUCAUCCAAAAGGUCUUGCGUGACGCUGAGAUAAACAUAAAUGUAAAGGGAAUUGGGAUGGUUGAAGUUGGAGGUCUAAGGAAGUACACACAUAUCCUGUUGUCUCAAGCUUUCGACUUGAAAAUGCGGAUGACUGCGUAUUGGAAUAUUGUGCUGAGAAGGUUGAUUGAUAUCAUGGGUUUGCAUUUGCAGCUGAGUGUUUCAAACCUUGUGAACAAGGACCUGGAGAUGGAGAUUAUGAAUGAGCUACUGGGACCUAACCAUGGUGGUGGGAUUGAGAGGAUGCUGGAGGAACCUUCAUCAAUGGCAGUGAAGCGCCAGAAGCUCAUCAAGAGCAUCAAAAAGCUGAAGGAGUCUAAAGAGGUUGUGUGUAAGAUCAUCGACAACAGGUUUACUUACGCCGAUUACCUUGUGUGAUAGAUAACUAAGGAGUCCAGUUAAAUUAUGGUAUGUUCCGUGUGAAAGAAGGCAUUUUGCCAAUGAUGUGUGGUUGAUCUGUUUGUACUUAAUUAUGGAUCUGCAUUUUGUUUAUCAUGUACCUGGUUGGUUGAUGUUCUUGUGUGGAUGAUCUGUUUCUACUUAAUUAUAAGCACAUUCUGUUUUUGUC